AUGCCAAAUAAAUAUACUCCAGCUACUGUUGAUACAGUCACUAUAUCGUCCUCGGUAUUGUUAUCAUUACUCAGACAUACAUCAGAACAUUAUCCAGCUAUUUUUUCUGGUGCCUUGUUGGGUUUUGAAGAUGAAAAGACUGUUGAUAUCACUCAUAUUUUUCCAUUCCCAUACCCAGAUCAAUACGAAGGAGGCUCUUUCAAGUCCAAAAGUGGUAGUCAAUACCAAAAAGACUUGUUAGAAAACUACAAAAAAUUGGGAUAUGGUGUUGAGUUUCAAGGUUGGUUUCAAUCUACCAUGUCUGGUAAUUUUGUCACAAGUCAAUUGGUUGAAGCUGUAGCCCAACAACAAUUACAAAAUCCAAACAUCUUUAUCUUGAUCCACGACAUGUCUAGCAUUGGUCAAGAAAUAAAUUUGAAAGCACUCAGGUUAUCAACGGGCUUUAUGAGCGCGUAUGUUGAUGGUAAAUGGAAAUCCAAGGAUUUAGAAAAAAACAAGAUCUCAUAUUUGAACAUAUUCGAUGAAUUGGAACUUGAUGUACAGAAGCAAGCGUUAGUUGACUUGUACUUAGCAUCAGCUAAGCCAGCAUCUAUAUCUGAAUCUGACUAUAACGUCGUCAACUUGUUAUCUAAUUCCAACUCAACUGCUCAGUUGUUGGAAUCCUUAUAUGGACAAGUGGACUCGUUUAAUUAUGACCAAAAUAACUUCAACUACUAUCAAAGGCAAUAUUCAAAAGAACAGAGCAAGAUUCAACAAUGGAAACAACAAAGAAAGUAUGAAAACUUGGAAAGAGCUAAAAAUGGAGAGAAGGAGUUGGAAACUGAUGAAUGGAAGUCACAAUUUAGGUUACCAGCUGAACCAUCAAGACUUAACAACAUGCUUUACAGUCAUUCUAUUGAUGUAUUGGCCGAUGAUAUUUUAAAGAAAUGUGAUGAAAAGUUGCAAAAGAGUUUUGCUAUAAAUAGAAAGUUGACUUCUUAA